AUGACACGCGCGGCCGCACCGCCGAUUCUGCUGCAGUUGCAAGGCUCGGACUCGGUUCCCGCUCAGAUAGCCUCGCUGCGGGCUCUCAAAAAUGAAAUCAUCGGCCAUGAUCAGCGGAAGGAAGCUUUCGUCGUAACAGGCGUCAUCCCCGCUUUGGGGCGGGUGCUCAAUGCGCGACGACCGUGGAAAGCGGGUGCGACAGAAUCAAAUGGCAUGGCCCUGGGCCAAUCGGUAUCAUACCUCAACUCAGAUGAUUCAGAAGCUUGUCUCCAGGCCAUUUUAAUUGUUGGAAGUUUAGCACAAGGCGGCCCGACAUUCCUUGCCCCAAUAUUUGCGAGCGACAUCCUUCCCACCCUCCUGGCUAUCCUCUCUUCUCCAGACUGUCCCCCCUCAUUCGCUCUUCCGAUUUUGCGAUUACUCAACACCAUUGCAGACCGACUCCCAUUACAAAGUCAAGACCAAUGGCCCCUGGAUACUCGUCUAGCAGAUCUCGUAUUUGCGAGUGAGCAUCUUGGCGCAUUGAGAAGACUUGUGGCCCAAGAUUACGGGUCUUCUCGAAGUCAAGCCUGCAUCGAGUUGGCUGCGUCGCUCAUUGGAAAGCUAUGCACAGAGGAGAUCCAUAAAAGCGCGUUGGCAGAAUGUGGAGUCCUAGAUGCGCUGGCGGUCAAGAUUGCCUCUUUUGUGGUGACCCAGGGGUUUGUGCUUCCUGGGGCGGAAGACCAUCUUCAAGAACCAGGCUCCCUUGGGAACUUUCCACUUCCAGCCCCGAUCUCUGCACGGCUGGCACCCAUCCUUCGCGCAGUCACGGUGCUUGGAUUUGCCCCAUCAGACGUCAAAAGAGGCCCCUGGGGAGCAACUUACCUGUCAGGUUCGGCAGUUCCUCGCCACACUGCUGCCAACCCAGUUGAUCACCUACUUCCUUCAGUUCCACUGGUCCAUGGAAGAUCGUCUCCAAGCUCUGCCAACUUUCCACCCUUAGGUAACGGUGGUUCACAGCGUCGCCAUAGUCAUUCCUUCCCUACGCCGUUUUCGCUGGCCGAGACGCCCUCCCCGGAAGAAGAUGAAAACUCCAUUGUUCCGUGGCUGCUUUGCAUAGUCCGCUCAGAAGGUAGCAUGGUGCGGCUAAUGGCUGCUCGCCUGGUAACCGUCCUUUUUCGCCUGGGGCUUGCGAAAAAGCAUCGGGUGCCCAUGUUCAGUUAUCUCCUGGUCCCAAUACUCAUCCGAAUGUUGGACAAGGAUUUUCAACUGCCAGAUGAAGAUGGGGCUAUUGAUGAUGGCUUGAUCACCCCGACGCAGCGCUUGAAAGAGGAGGCACCGGCCGUAUUGGCCAACCUAGUCAUGGAUGACCAAGAUUUACAAAAACAUGCAGUUGAAGGAAAUGCUCUUAAGAGAUUGUCGCAGCUUCUCAAAGAAACCUAUAACCCUGUUCCAGAGUGUUCACGCCCAAUGUGGUAUGCAGAAGGCGAUAGUCCAGCUCGCGACCCUGAGUCUGUCUCUCCGGACUGCCGGCUCGGACCUCCUGGAUACUCUCCCACAUUAUGCCAUGUCAUGCGGUACCGAGAGAGUAUUCUCAAGGCGCUAGCAGCUUUGGUGCCGUUCAAGGAUGAGUAUCGCAAGGCGGUCUGCGAAAACGGAGUGGUUCCAUACAUCAUUGAUUCUCUUAAGCCUCGGCCAAGUGACGCACCAGCCGAUGGAGUUUCAAUGCCCAAAAAUACAGCUGCAGAUGGGAACCCAACGCCGACCCUCUUGGCUGCAUGUGGUGCUGCUCGCAUGUUAACGAGAUCUGUCAGCGUCCUACGGACCAGCCUCAUUGAUGCCGGUGUGGCGCAGCCACUUUUCGUACUCAUCAAGCACCAUGACCUUGAAGUUCAGAUCGCGGCUACUGCAGCAAUCUGUAAUCUAGCAUUAGAUUUCAGUCCCAUGAAAAAUGCAAUCAUCUCCGCUGAUAUCAUUCCCAUUCUCUGCGAGCAUGCUCAUUCAACGAAUACCAAAUUGCGGAUCGAAUCUUUGUGGGCACUCAAACAUGUGGUAUAUAACUCGCCCAACGACAUCAAAAUGAAGGUCGUUGAGGCUCUUACCCCGAAAUGGAUCCGACAAGUCAUCAGUCAAGACCCCGUUACCGCCUUGACAAGACGAGGAUUGGAGGAUGAAACAGACCAAGCUUCAGGAAUUGCCAUGGGCAGGGCCAAUUCGGCAGGCGAGCAAGUGGAUAUUUUAAACCCUAUGGAUGAUGCAGCCGAGCAAGGUGAAGAUUACAAGAUGGACGAGUCCUUACCGUCAUCCAAGAUGAGCUUGGAUAUGUUUCUACCAGAUGCAAGACGUCGCCGUAGGCUUGUUUGGAAUGGAUCCCUAGAGCAAUCCACUCAAACACGGCAAGAUGACAUUGCAGUUCAGGAACAGACGUUUGACUUGCUGCGCAACAUUAUCUGCGGUGAUGGAGCUUCGGAAAUGAUCGACUUUCUUCUUAAAGAGGUCGGCCAACAGGAGAUGCUGGAUGCGAUUGCCGAUAACCUCAGACCGCGCGCCAUCCAACUCCUUCAUCGACGAGAACAAGCCAACCGGUCACUACACGUCCCGUCCGAGAUCCUAAGCUCGGUCAGUGCGCUGAUCAUUCACCUUGCCGCGGGCCUGCCUCGGCAUCGUCAAUUACUGCUCUCGCAUGGCGACCUUCUGCAGUCUUUGACACACUACUUCAAUCACUCCAAUCGUGAUGUACGGGUCAACUGCGUCUGGGUGGUGAUCAAUCUCAUCUAUGAGGAGGACUCGACUGAUCGCGAAGGAUGCCGACAACGUGCAGCCCAACUCAGGGCACUCGGAAUCAUAGAACGACUAGCAAGCCUCGAAGAUGACUCGGAUUUGGAUGUCAAGGAGCGUACCAAGACUGCAGUCCAUCUCUUGAACACACUAGCUUCGGCAUAG